AUGGAAACUGAACAUGAGUCCGAAGGUUUUGGCGGAACCUUUGAAAAUCUAGAGUUUUAUGAAGAAGAGACUAACUUCGUAGAUCACAUACUCAUGAUAAUGAAACAGUUCAAGAUUUUGAAUACAAAACUCAAUUCAAUUCUUCAGUCUCAGGCUGAUCUUAGGGUUGGUAAUUCAGUAACCAGUAUCAAAGUGGAUGGUAUGCUAAAGAUGGUUGAAGGGAGGCUUUCCUCGAAAGUGUCCAGAAUGAUCAAGGAUUCUGAGUCUCAUCUUCUGGAGAAAAUUGAUCUUUGUGAUCAGAAUAAUGACAUGAGGGUUAAUGCUCAGAAAUCUACAUUUGAGGGUGAUCUGAAGGAGUUAAAGUCGGUCGCAAAGGAGAGAUAUAUUUUGUUUAUUCAAGAUGUGAAGAAACUUAAAGAGGAUGUGAACUAUAAACUACAAGAAGUUCGAGGAUAUGGAGAAAGAGAUUGCAAAUGUACGUACUGA